AUGACAGCCCUGGGCCUGCCUGCGAUCUUCCAUCCUGAAACUACAGACGUCUAUGACAAGAAGAACAUGCCGAGAGCCGUUUACUGCAUCCACGCUCUCAGUCUCUACCUGUACAGACUGGGUUUGGCUCCGCCUAUUCAUGAUCUCUAUGGAAAGGUAAAGUUCACAGAGGAGGAGAUUAACAACAUGAAGCUGGAGUUGGAUAAGUACGGAAUCCAGAUGCCAGCUUUCUGCAAGAUCGGAGGCAUCCUGGCCAAUGAGCUCUCUGUGGACGAGGCUGCAGUGCAUGCAGCUGUAGUGGCCAUUAACGAGGCGGUGGACAGAGGCGACGUGAGCGUCACGGCCGCAGCUCUGAGGAAUCCUGCAGCUCUGCUCACCGACCUGCAGGAGGCGCUGAUGAGCAUCUAUCAGGAGAUGCUGAAGCAGGCCAAGAUGAGGAAGGCUGAGCAAGCAGCCUGCAAGCGCGGAGCCUCAGAGGAUAAGGACAUGUACGAGGAAUACCUGAGUCAGCGGGAGAUCCAGGAACACAUCAGAACCGUCAACGUGCGGUCUGCGGUGGAGCAGGUGGAUGAAGCCCUGGAUGCUGCAGAUGAACUCUCUCUGCUUGCUACGCUGCAGCUGCCAUGUUUGGCCCUCAGGGGCCUCCGUGCUGAAAACGGCCCCUGGUACCUGGAUCAGCUUUUGAUGGAUCGCCAGCAGAAGGCUUUGGACCAGGGCUCUGUGGAUCCUCUUGAACCAACCGAGCUCCAGGAAAGCAUCUCCGCUGCCAACCAGGAAGCUCAGAGAGCCACGAACGUGCUCAUAGCGGUGCAGAGCGUCAACGAGUCGCUGCGUGGAGACGACCCCAGACGUACCGUGAGCUGCCUGAUGAACUCUGACCUGCAGCUGCCUGAGGUGUUCCCGUCGGCUGCGACGCUUUACCACCGUGAGCUGCAGCUGCUGCAGAGCCGGACUGCUGAGGGGGAGCUACAUCAGGAAGAGCUUUUCGUUGCUGUGGAGAUGUUGUCAGCUGUCGCUCUGAUCAAUCAGUGUCUGGAGGCGGGACAUGUGCAGAAGUUCGGCUCCUCGUUGGUCAGUCCCUCUGCAGGACUCUGUGAUGUAGACCCCGCCCUCAUGGACAGGUACUUUGAGCUCCUGUUGGACAUGAAGCAGCAGCUUGGCAGAGGCCUGCUGACCUGGAAUCAGCUGCAGGAAGGAAUCAACCGGGUGAACGGCUCGGCCCACAACGAACACCAGCAGCUCCUGGCGGUCGGCCUGAUAAACGAGGCUGUGAUGAGGGGAGAUGUCCAGCAGCUGUCGUCUGCUCUGAUGCUGCCAUCCUGUGGUCUGGAGGAGGUCAUGCCUGCCAACGCCUGCAGGUACCUGACCCUGCUGACCCGAUCCAGACAGCAGAAAGUCCAGAUGAGCAGAGACUCGGGAGCUGAGCUGUGGUUGGCUGAUAUCCAGGAAGCGGUGAAGCUGGCCAAUCAGCAGAGCCAGAAAGCCCUAAAGUUGUGCCUGGCGGUGGCGGCGGUGAACCAGGCGGUGAAGGAGAACCGGGCCAAGCAGACUCUGCGUGUUCUGUCAUUGCCAGAACUGGAGCUGCGUGGAGUUUUAUCAGACUGCGCCGCCGAUUACCAGCGAGAACUCAGCUCGCUGAUCACAGACAGGGCACGCUCAGGUAACGAUCGGAGUCCAUGGGUUCGAGUCCAGCUGGCGGACGGAUCAUUUUAUUACUUCCACCUGAACACUCUGGAGGGAAGCUGGGAGAAACCGAACGGAUUCAAACAUCACGGACUGUUCAUCGGCCCGCAGGAGAUCCAGAUCCAGUCGUUUGUCAAGAUGUGGCUCGCCAGGAGAAGAUAUUUGUCACGACUGAGAUUCUUCAAACAGAACGUGGAUGCUGUGAUAAAGAUCCAGGCCUUCUUCAGAGCCAACAGAGCCCGACAUGAGUACCGCAUGUUAGUGCAUUCGGACACGCCCCCCCUGUCUGUGGUCAGGAAGUUCCUUCAUUUGCUGGAUCUGGGAGAUGCUGACAUCAGAGAGGAGGCGGAGCUUCUGCGUCUGCGAGAGGAAGUGGUGAGAAGCAUCCGCUUCAACCGGCAGCUGGAGACCAACUUGGACCUGAUGGACCUGAAGAUCGGGCUUCUGGUCCGAAACAGAGCCACACUGCAGGAAGUUGUGUCCCACUGCAAGAAACUGACCAAGAAGAACAAGGAGCAGCUGUCGGACAUGAUGGACGUAGAGAGAAGCAAAGGGCUGAAAGCCCUGAGCCGAGACAGGAGGAUGAGACUGGAGGCCUACCAACACCUCUUCUACCUUCUGCAGACACAGCCUCUCUACCUGGCUCAGGUGAUCUUCCUGAUGCCUCAGAGUCGCUCCACCGCCUUCAUGGAGAUGGUGGUGUUCAGCCUGUUCAACUACGGCUCCGAUCGCCGUGAAGCCUUCCUGCUGUUGCAGCUGUUUACUGAGGCGCUGAGAUAUGAGAUAAGGCUGAAGGUAGAGCAGCCACAGGACGUGAUUACUGGGAAUCCCACCGUCAUCAAAAUGCUGGUGAACUUUUACCGCCACGCUCAGGGUCAGAACUCCCUGCGAGAUUCUUUGGGUCCAGCUCUACAAGACGUCCUACUAGACCAAACCCUCAACAUCAGAACUGACCCAGUUGAGGUCUAUAAGACCUGGAUCAACCAGACUGAGACCCAGACUGGACACAAGAGCUCUCUACCCUACGAGGUUUCUGCUGAGGACGCCCUGUCCCAUCCUGAAGUUCAGCGAAGAAUCGACAUCGCCAUUAUCAACCUGAAGAACCUGACAGACCGUGUGCUCAAAGCCAUCACCUCCAACCUCAACAAAAUUCCUUAUGGUCUUCGUUACACAGCAAAGGUUCUUAGAGACACGUUGAAGACAAAGUUCCCUGCAGCUAAUGAGAGCGAGCUUUACAAGAUUGUCAGCAACUUGGUGUACUACCGCUACAUGAACCCGGCCAUCGUGGCUCCGGACGGGUUCGACGUGCUGGAUCGGUCAGUGGGAUCCACUCUGCAGCCUGAGCAGCGCCACAUCCUGGGAUCCAUCGCUCGCAUGUUGCAGCACGCCGCUGCCAACAAACACUUCCAUGGAGACGGAUACCACGUCCGAACCCUGAACCAGUACAUCACCCAGACCCACAGCAAGUUCAGGACGUUCCUGCGCAGCGUCUGCGACGUUCCAGAACCAGAGGAGCGGUUCAGCAUGGACGAAUACUCCGAGCUGCUGAUUGUCAACAGGCCUGUGAUCUACAUCUCUGUCAGCGAGCUGCUAAACACUCACAAGCUGCUGUUGGAGCACCAGGAGGUUUUGUGUCAGGACCCGUCGGACCCCCUGAGGCUCAUCCUGAAUGAUCUGGGCCCGGUCCCCACGCUUCAGGAGCUCAUGGGGGAGACGGCGGCUGAUCCAGGGGCGGAGUCCAGUAAGACGGAGGUUUCUCUGACUCUCACCAACAAGUUUGACAUCUUUAACGACUCGGAGGACAAACCUGACGCCCGUGGCCUGCUGCUCAGCACCAAACAGCUGAUCAUCGACGUCAUCAGGACUCAGUCAGGAGACUCCCUGAGGGAUCUGCUGAGAGGAAAAACCUCACCUGACCAGGAAGUGUGUCACGAUUGGCUGAUGCAGCGCCGCGCCCGGCAGGAUGCUCAGACGCCUGAGAAGAUGAAGAGGAACCAGUCGCUGGUCGCCAACGGCAACCUGAGUCUGGAGGAGAAGAAGAGGAAGAUUCUGCGGAGUCUGUGUCGCCUGGAGGCGCUCGGGGUUCUGAGGCCGCCUCGAGCCGAGAACCAGAUCCUGCAGAUGAUCGCCAAGGACAUCCGGCAGCAGCGCCUGCAUCGUCAGCGCCGAGGGGCGGAGCUUCAGAAACUCCGCCAGACGCUCGGCAGUCUGCAGGAGAAGAGCAGCUUCCACAGCGAGCAGGUCGACUUCUACAGGCAUUACAUCACUUCCUGUCUGGACAACUUGACCAACAGUAAAUCGGCCAAUAAGAAGACAGCAGAAAGCAAAGGGAAAAAGAAGCAGCCUGCUCUGAGCUACAGCGCCGCCCGGCUGCAGGAGAAGGGAGUGCUGCUGGAGAUCGAAGACCUGCCGAGCACGCAGUUCAAGAACGUCGUCUUUGACAUUUCACCUGGACCAGAGAAAGGAAGCUUCAGCAUCAAGGCCCGAUUCCUCGGAGUCCCCAUGGAAGAAUUCCUGCUCAAAUAUCAGGAUCUUCUACAGCUGCAGUACGAGGGCGUGGCCGUGAUGAAGAUGUUCGAUAAGGCAAAGGUCAACGUUAAUCUGCUCAUCUUCCUCCUGAACAAGAAGUUCUUCAAGAAAUGAACAAGGAAACACUCCCGUCUUCACUCCUAUCUUUGCCCUCUCCCUCUGUCUCUUCUUUUGUGUUUGUCGAUCAAAGUUAUCGUCUGUUUUCAUUUACGUCUCUCUUGUGAUCCUUGUGUCUUUUAAAUGUGCCUCAGUGUAACGGAGUGAGGCUUCUAUUUAUCUCCUCUCUCUGAAGCUUUAUUUGUUCAUAUUUUGAGCAGAGUGACAUAUCUAUUCACUACUAUCUAUGUUGUUUUAAAUGUGCCUCAGUAUAACGGAGUGAGGCUUCUGUUUAUCUCCUAUCUCUGGUGUUCUUCAUUUGCUGCUGCCUCCUUUCACACUCCAUCUAAUAGGUUUUAAACAGAGUAACUAAUCUGUGCAUAAACCUAUCUUGUUUUAUUCACUCCACACUAUGCAUUAUGAACCGUAGUGAUGCAUCAUGCUUCCACUGAUCUUUGCACUUUACAAUUUUGACCUGGACACCUGAGAACUUGAUCAGAGUGAGCGGUCACCCUCUACACUCCUAUCUGUACUCAACAUGAUGCCAGGAUGAGCAGAAAACACAAGUUGGAGCUUUACUUUAUAUGUCUGAUGAACUUUGUCCUGAUUUGUGGGCGGAGCUUAGUUCGGACGGGCAGAUUUCAUUGUUUUAUGAAAACUUGAUAGCUGCUUAUUUCUGGUUGGUCAACUUUAACAUGAUGGGACAUUUUAAUCAUCAAUAAACAUCUUUUUUUUCUGUU